CAAACAGAUAUAUUCACAACGAAAAUAUCAAAGCCGAAGAAACACACAUACACAAGUCAUAUGAAGAAACUAUAUUCUAAGGGGAUUAGACUCUCCGAAUUGAUGGAGAAAUGGAGAAGGAAGAGAGGCUAUUUCGCUGUGUACACGAACGAAGGGAAGAGAUUCGUUUUGCCAUUGGAUUAUUUGAAUCACCGGAUGUUACAAGUGUUAUUGGAGAUGGCUGAAGAUGAGUUUGGGACUACCAUCGAUGGUCCUUUAAAGGUUCCUUGCGAUGGAAGUUUAUUGGAUCACAUCAUCAUGCUUGUGAGAAGGAGCAAGUCCCAUGAUUAUGAUGAUGUGGAGAAGUCUUCCACGAGCAGCAGCUGCAAGGGAGCUUCAAUCUCUUCUCUCUUUCGUGGACAGAGCCAGCUUCAGUCAUUAGUUUCCUAACAAUUUGGAGUUGCGACUUUGAAGAAAAGGGUCGUCCUUGUUUGUGUAUAACAACAACAUGAUCUUGUAAUUAAUUACUCAUAAUUGUAAUGUAUCGUUAAAUUUGAUUUUGAGUCUUCUUGACGGUUAAAACAAAGAUUAGUUUAACUCAGCAAAGGAGAUGUGGUAGAUUAUGUAUCCAAACUUCUUAAUUACUAGCUUUGAAGAUUAGAUUUUUUU